UCUGCCCGUGAGAGGACGUCACUUCCGCCGAGUCCCUGACCUGCUGCUAGGAUCGCGACAGGAACUGGAGCCCGAGGUCCCCGCGCGGCCCGGGCCUGGCGCCCUGAGGGGAAGAGCCGCCCGGCCCGAGGGCGCUGGGGUAGAGACUUUGACUCCAGUCCCUUCGCUAGCCAUGACGGACGGGAUCCUAGGGAAGGCAGCCACAAUGGAGAUCCCCAUCCACGGGAAUGGUGAAGCUGGGCAGCUUCCUGAGGAUGAUGGGCUGGAGCAGGACCUCCAGCAGGUGAUGGUGUCAGGACCCAACCUCAAUGAAACCAGCAUUGUGUCUGGUGGCUAUGGGGGCUCUGGUGAUGGACUCAUCCCCACAGGGUCUGGCCGCCAUCCAUCUCACAAUACCAACUCUGCUGGCCCUGGAGAUGAGGUGGCUCGGGGCAUCGCUGGAGAGAAGUUUGACAUCGUCAAGAAAUGGGGCAUCAACACAUAUAAGUGUACAAAGCAGCUGUUAUCAGAGCGAUUUGGCCGAGGCUCCCGGACUGUGGACCUGGAGCUAGAGCUGCAGAUUGAGCUGCUGCGUGAGACGAAGCGCAAGUAUGAAAGUGUCCUGCAGCUGGGCCGGGCACUGACAGCCCACCUCUACAGCCUGCUGCAGACCCAGCAUGCACUAGGGGACGCCUUUGCUGACCUCAGCCAGAAGUCCCCAGAGCUUCAGGAGGAAUUUGGCUACAAUGCAGAGACGCAGAAGCUGCUGUGCAAGAAUGGAGAGACGCUGCUAGGGGCUGUGAACUUCUUUGUCUCUAGCAUCAACACGUUGGUAACCAAGACCAUGGAAGACACACUCAUGACUGUCAAACAGUAUGAGGCUGCCAGGCUGGAAUACGAUGCCUACCGGACAGACUUAGAGGAGCUGAGCCUAGGCCCCCGUGAUGCAGGGAUGCGCGGUCGACUUGAGAGUGCCCAGGCCACUUUCCAGGCCCAUCGGGACAAAUAUGAGAAGCUGCGGGGAGAUGUGGCCAUCAAGCUCAAGUUCCUGGAAGAAAACAAGAUUAAGGUGAUGCACAAGCAGCUGCUGCUCUUCCACAAUGCCGUGUCAGCCUACUUCGCUGGGAACCAGAAACAGCUGGAGCAGACCCUGCAGCAGUUCAACAUCAAGCUGCGGCCUCCAGGAGCUGAGAAGCCCUCCUGGCUGGAGGAGCAGUGAGCCACUCCAGCCCAACCUGGCUGUCAAGGACAUUGGGAGGGGCAGUCCCAGGGUGGGGGAGAUUUGGACAUGGGACAUCCCUUGCCACCUGCGCUCUGGCUUGGGUUCCCUUUCCCUGGCUGGGGCCUGACAGGAGGUCUGCAGGCCCAGCAGCUGCUGCCCUGUCCUUUAUCUUCCUGGCCACUGGGCUUCAUUCCCAGAUCUUUUCCUUCCACUCCACAGCCAAAGGCUAUGACAAAAACCACUCCCUGGCCAAUGGCAUCACUCCUCAGGCCUAUCCCAGUUCCUGGGGUGCGCCCCCUGACCAAUGGCAGAGCCUCAAAAGGCCCUGUCAGCCAAUGGCAGCUCUUCUUGGGCUCCCCUGGGCCAAUGAUGUUGCCUCCAAUAUCCUUUGUCCCUCCUCAAUGCGUGCCCAUUGCAGAGAAGGGGACUGGGACCAAAGGGGUGGGGAUAUGGGGAGCCCCAUUUCUGGCCCUGCAUCUGAAUGGGUCUCCCCUCACCUACCCACCCAGUUUAAUUGUGCUUAGAGCCCUGGAAGAUUGGGACCUAGCACUAGGAAUAAACCUUUCAUAAAAGCAGGCCCAGUGAGGUCAAUUUGUGGGGGACUCUAGGAGGGUGGUCUGGGUAGAGAAACAGUCUAAUUACACACCAAAAUCCUAUCAUUUCAGGAGAGCUGGGGCCAGAUAGCUGAAGUCACAGGUUUCAGGAACAAUCUGAGGGCCUACUCUCCUCCCCCAGCCCCAGUAGGAGCCAAAGCUUUAUUUGCCCUUUAGGCUAGCACCAAGAUAGCAAUGGAUCUUAAAACACAGGGCCCAGAGCGGGUUGGGCCCACUGACCUCCAUCAUCCAAUCAUUCAUACAGCAAAUAUUUACUGAGUGUUUUUAUUUGCCAGGCACUGUGCUAGACCCUGGCGAAACAUCAGGGAAUAAAACACGGUCCCUGCCCACAGUGCUUACAGCCUAGUGGGGGAUAGAGGCAAGUAACUAGGCAACUACAAUACAGUGAGAAGUACUAGGAUACAGAAAUACAGAAGUACAGGGGGCUAUGGGAGCACAGAGGAGGGGCAUCUAGCCUAGAUAGGUGGAGAUGGGGAUGUCAACUUGAAAGCUGAGACCUGAGGGUAACUAGAGGAUAGCCAGGUAAAGAGUAGGGGGAAGAUCAUCUUAGGCAAAGAGGCCAACAUACGUGAAGGCCCUGAGUAGGAACAGGAAGGAAUUCAGCUUGGGAAGAAUGAAGGGGGAGUGGCUAGAGGAUGACUCUAGAGGUAAGGUGGUAGACCAUGCUGAGCCUCUUCAGGCUGCUUACGGACUUUUGCCCUUUGUUCAAAGGAGCUGUGAAGCCUUAUCAGCAGACGUUUGACGACAGGGGAGUUUAGGACUGAGGAAAGAAGUCUUUGUGAGGCUUAAAAUAGUGUUAUACAGACCGGAGUUGCCUCAUAUUGAGUAGUCUCUUAGCCCUGGCCCCAUAUUCCAAAGCAAGGGUGAACCCUGUCUGAGCAAGCACCAGAGCACCUGCGCUGGGUGCCAGAACUGAGGCAGAUGAGAAGUCAAGGCACUUCCCAGGGUCCCUGCUGCAUCCCGGUGUUGAGCCAAAAUCUGAACCUUGUGUGGUGCAAGAAAGCUCCCCAAUAGCACUUUGAUUUACUCAGGGACCAGGUACCAUCACCCUAUGCUCCUUGACCAAGGAAUGCUCCAGAUUUUUUCAGCAUUCUCCCCUACCUCUGGAAGGGUGCAAUUAUCUGACUGGAGCUUCAUUAUAGAGUGGGGUGGCCCCUCACUUUAUGGGCCACUGGGGCUUUUUCAACAUGAAAGGUACUGAGGUUCCAUGUGACUGGAGGCAGGACCCAUAAGCAGAGCUCAAACCCUUGUUCCAGCACUUUCUGCCUGAGUGAUCAGGGUUAAUGUCUGGGGAGCCAAGGGCCCUCAGUUAUUUCCGUUGCAAAACACGGCUAAUAAAAGAAGCUACCUAUUAAGAUUAUGUGUACUAAAGAAGAUAAUAUAUGUAAAGUGAUUCGUUAUGUGUCUGGCACAUAAUAAGCACUCAGUCCUUGUUAACUGUUAUACUUUUUAUUAUUUUCCACCGGGGCUGCUUUUCC